AGAGGGCUAGGCUGGGCUAGGCUGAGAGGAAAGGGCUGGGAGCGGGGAGGCAUCCUGUCCUCCUGCGAGCCUGCAAGGAUGCGGCAGGGGACUGAGACCAUGGGGAGGUGCUAACUUCCUCUCCAAACCCCCAGCCGGGGAUCCGGGCUGGCAUACCCGGCCCCCUGGGCUAGUUUCCUGCCAAGCGCAUCCAAGAAGCCAAAGGAGCUUUGGAAGGCAAAAAGAAAAGACAAGGGUGCUGGAGAGGGGUACUGAUUACCAGAGCCGGUCCCUCCGCAAACCCACGAAGAAAGGAGGAAGGGGGUCAGAGGUUGGAGAGGGGACACGAAAACCCCAGUCUGCGGACUGGCUCAGGAGCCUCCCUGAAGACCUGGGCGCUCUGCGCCAUCGUCCUCAAUGCCUCUCUGAAGAGCUUUUAGCAAGAGUGUGAGAGAAAGAGAGGAGAGCGCGCACCAGGGAGAGGAUCAAGGAAGAUGAGGAUUAUUUGCAAGCAGAUUGUCUUGUUGUUUUCUGUGUUUUGGGGACUCGCCAUGGGAGCCUUUCCAAGCAGCGUUCAAAUAGGUGGUCUCUUCAUCCGAAACACAGACCAGGAAUACACUGCUUUCAGAUUGGCAAUCUUUCUUCAUAACACCAGCCCCAAUGCCUCCGAAGCUCCUUUCAAUCUGGUACCUCAUGUGGAUAACAUCGAGACAGCCAACAGUUUUGCUGUGACGAAUGCCUUCUGUUCCCAGUAUUCUAGAGGAGUGUUUGCCAUUUUUGGACUCUAUGACAAGAGGUCAGUGCACACCUUGACCUCAUUCUGCAGUGCCCUACACAUCUCCCUCAUCACACCCAGCUUCCCCACUGAAGGGGAGAGUCAGUUCGUGCUGCAACUAAGACCUUCAUUAAGAGGUGCACUCCUGAGCCUGCUGGAUCACUAUGAAUGGAAUUGUUUUGUCUUCCUGUAUGAUACAGACAGGGGAUAUUCAAUCCUUCAAGCUAUUAUGGAGAAAGCAGGACAGAAUGGAUGGCAUGUCAGUGCGAUAUGUGUGGAAAAUUUUAACGAUGUCAGCUACAGGCAACUGCUAGAAGAGCUUGACAGAAGACAAGAGAAGAAGUUUGUGAUAGACUGUGAGAUAGAGAGGCUUCAGAACAUUUUAGAACAAAUUGUGAGUGUUGGGAAGCAUGUCAAAGGCUACCAUUAUAUCAUCGCAAAUUUGGGCUUCAAGGAUAUUUCUCUUGAGAGAUUUAUACAUGGUGGAGCAAAUGUCACAGGAUUCCAGUUGGUUGAUUUUAAUACGCCCAUGGUAACCAAACUAAUGGAUCGGUGGAAGAAACUAGAUCAGAGAGAAUAUCCAGGAUCUGAAACACCUCCAAAGUACACCUCUGCUCUGACUUACGAUGGAGUUCUGGUGAUGGCUGAAACUUUCCGAAGUCUCAGAAGACAGAAAAUUGAUAUUUCAAGGAGAGGAAAUGCUGGGGAUUGUCUGGCAAACCCUGCUGCUCCUUGGGGCCAGGGAAUUGAUAUGGAGAGAACACUAAAACAGGUUCGAAUUCAAGGGCUGACUGGGAAUGUUCAAUUUGACCACUAUGGACGUAGAGUUAAUUACACAAUGGAUGUAUUUGAACUAAAAAGCACAGGACCUCGAAAGGUUGGCUACUGGAAUGAUAUGGAUAAGUUAGUCUUGAUUCAAGAUGUACCCACUCUCGGCAAUGACACAGCAGCUAUAGAGAACAGAACAGUGGUUGUAACCACAAUCAUGGAAUCCCCCUAUGUUAUGUACAAGAAAAAUCAUGAAAUGUUUGAAGGAAAUGACAAGUACGAAGGCUACUGUGUAGAUUUGGCAUCUGAAAUUGCAAAACAUAUCGGUAUCAAGUAUAAAAUUGCCAUUGUCCCUGAUGGAAAAUAUGGAGCGAGGGACGCAGACACUAAAAUCUGGAAUGGGAUGGUAGGAGAGCUUGUGUAUGGGAAAGCGGAGAUUGCUAUUGCACCUCUGACAAUCACUUUGGUGCGUGAGGAGGUCAUCGAUUUCUCUAAGCCUUUCAUGAGUUUAGGCAUCUCUAUCAUGAUCAAAAAGCCUCAGAAAUCUAAACCAGGAGUGUUCUCCUUCUUGGACCCUCUGGCCUAUGAGAUCUGGAUGUGCAUAGUGUUUGCAUACAUUGGUGUCAGUGUGGUCUUAUUCCUAGUCAGUAGGUUUAGCCCCUAUGAGUGGCACACGGAAGAGCCCGAGGAUGGAAAGGAAGGUCCCAGUGACCAGCCUCCCAACGAGUUUGGCAUCUUUAACAGCCUCUGGUUUUCCCUGGGUGCCUUUAUGCAGCAAGGAUGUGACAUUUCACCCAGAUCCCUGUCAGGUCGAAUUGUUGGAGGCGUCUGGUGGUUCUUCACACUCAUCAUUAUAUCAUCUUACACUGCCAAUCUGGCUGCUUUCCUGACGGUGGAGAGAAUGGUCUCCCCCAUAGAAAGUGCAGAAGACCUGGCCAAACAAACAGAAAUUGCAUACGGAACUCUAGAUUCGGGAUCAACAAAAGAAUUCUUCCGAAGAUCAAAAAUAGCAGUGUACGAAAAGAUGUGGACCUACAUGCGAUCAGCAGAGCCGUCUGUGUUCACUAGGACUACAGCUGAGGGCGUGGCUCGUGUCCGCAAGUCCAAGGGCAAAUUUGCCUUCCUCCUGGAGUCCACCAUGAAUGAAUACAUUGAGCAGCGCAAGCCCUGUGACACGAUGAAAGUGGGAGGAAACCUGGAUUCCAAAGGCUAUGGUGUAGCAACGCCCAAGGGUUCCUCAUUAAGAACUCCUGUAAACCUUGCCGUUUUGAAACUCAGUGAGGCAGGCGUCUUAGACAAGCUGAAAAACAAAUGGUGGUACGAUAAAGGUGAAUGUGGACCCAAGGACUCGGGAAGCAAGGACAAGACGAGUGCCUUGAGCCUGAGCAACGUAGCAGGCGUCUUCUACAUUCUGGUUGGCGGCUUGGGCUUGGCAAUGCUGGUGGCUUUGAUAGAGUUCUGUUACAAGUCCAGGGCAGAGGCGAAGAGAAUGAAGGUGGCAAAGAGUGCACAGACUUUUAACCCAACUUCCUCGCAGAAUACCCACAAUUUAGCAACCUAUAGAGAAGGUUACAACCUGACUUUUUCCGAAGCCAUAAGAAACAAAGCCAGGUUAUCCAUCACUGGGAGUGUGGGAGAAAACGGCCGUGUGCUGACCCCCGACUGCCCCAAGGCCGUACACACAGGAACUGCAAUUAGACAAAGCUCGGGAUUGGCUGUCAUUGCAUCGGACCUACCAUAAAAACCAAAAAAAUAAUUGAGUGCCUUAAUUAAACUGUGUUGGUGACUGAUGGAAAUGCAGCCCGGAGAGACGGGUCCAGCGUGGUUCCUGGUUUAAAACAUCCUUUGACUGAGAGCAGGAAGGACGUUCUGAGUGUCGGACAGAACCAGUGCAUGAGUUCAGCACGGAAAUUCAGACUCGGGUUUUAUAUCAGGAAAACUCACAAUUUAGUUUUUUUUGGGGGGAAUGGGGGGUGUCUGGGAUGGUUGUAUUAACAGCAACGAAUUUCACUUGAGCGCACUAAUCAGACUGGCCAGUUAGAGCAUCAUACUGUGAAGUUCUUUCUCAGAAAGGCCUUCGUCACCACAGGAAGGGGUUCAACAGUUAAUAAAGGUCAAGGAACCUGCUAGCCUGUGUCUCCACAACACCCAUGUAGUGGAUGGAAUAAUCUGCAGCUGAGACAUGCAGUCACUAAAAUGUGAUAAGAAAAUAAUAAACAUGUAAAUCCUGUGGGGGGAAAAAACAACGAAAUUUAAAGAAAGUAUUUACAGUUACUUUGGAAAUAAAACAAUACUGAAACAUGCUUGCUUUUUAACUGAAGUAAAUCCAGUAGAGGACAACACAAUUCUUUUUUCUAACCAUCUUAGGGAACAAUACAUUGCAAUAAUUGAUAUAAAUGUCAUCACUGUAACAAACUUUAGAGACUUUUUUAAUGUAAAAGUUGUUGGUCACCUUGUUUCCCGUAACCUUCACUCUGUCACACUGUUGGUUCAUAGAUUGUGUUUGUCUGUCAGGAACAAAAAGAAAAUAGGUGAAGAAAAUGUUGACAUGAAGUCAUUCAUCGGCAAUGUAGAAUUAGAAAAGACUACAGGUCACUCAUGUUAUCAUUAUAAUUUAAAAUCCUGUUCUGUGUACAAAAUUGUGGUUUUUGUACCCGCCCCAAAGAAUAAAACAACAUUUUUUUCUUACAGUAUAUAUCUACAGAACUUAAAUUUUUCCCUAUAAUCAUACAAGUUAUUUGAGAAACUCGAAGACUGCAUGAGGGAUGUAGAAGUCAAAGAACAGAUCAUAUAAACAAAUGUAGGCUGUCUUUAUUAUUUCUGCAUAGUAUGCUUUCCUUCUUUUACAGAUGUUGGCCUCAGUUGUUAAUAGAUUAAGUUUUCAGAGAUGGAGUCUUCGAGUAUGGGAAUGGACAGCUGUUUUGACACCAACACACCUGUGUGGAAAUUUUACUUGACUCUCUUUUGCUGCAUUGACUUUAGUGUCUCUUGGACUUUCACCCUCAUUCCUAUACUUCCAUUUUAGUUCUUUGAAGGCACUGAAAACUGUUUGGGGUAGAACAUAACUGAAAACUCAAUCCCUAUUUUUACCCCAAAAUUAUGAACAAAAUUAAACCAUAUUUAUUUUUAAGAAAACAAAACAUUUAUGGUUCAAAAAGUCUGUUUCAUUUCAAAUGAUGAAUGAGUUCAAUGAUAUAGAUAAAAAUCACCGACUGAGGGAUAUUUGCCGAAAGCACAAGUUAGAAUAAUUCCUGAAGUGUGGCCUUGAAGGAUGAGUUGAGUUUUCACAGGUGGAGGUAUGGUAAAGAGCCUAUGGGAGAGCAGACACAAAGCCACUCUUUGGGCAGGCCUGUGUACAGGGCUUGUGCAGCAAAGUGGCCAGGAGAGAGCACAGGCUGUCACACCAUGGGAGCUCUGGCAGAAAUAUGAAGGACUGGUUUUCUUCCCUUUAACCCUCACAAUCCCCUUUCAAUAUCUGUGUGUCACAACUAUGUAAUCCUUAUAACACAUGUACACACUGUCCCUCAAGAAAGGCCACUUCUCUGUUAUUGAGCAAAUCUGAGCCCUCCCUGAUGUCGUUUUCUCUUACUCCCACCCAUCUUCUCAGCCAGCAAAUGGACUUGCACAGCACACAGAAUACCGCAUCUACCAUUUCUUUGGUCUGUAGCUCUUUUCUGUCUUUACCUUGACUGUCACUCAUCCUUCAGCACUCGAAUUGAAUUUUAUUUGCACUGGGAAUAUUUCCAUGAUUAUCCACCAGCCCUGCCUAUGAUGCUGACUUACAUGCCAUUCUUAAUGUUUCUUACCCAUUACGGCACUCACCAUACUGCAUUGUAAUUGCCUGUGUACUUGUCUAUAAACUACUAGACUGUCAGCUCCUUGAGGGCAGGGACUGUGUCUAUCUUGUUCACAGUUGUAUCCCCAGCACCCAGCACAGUGCCUGGCAUAU